UUCAUUCAUUUAAAAGAAGUAAACGUUGUUUCUAUUUAUUAAGAUUGUAUAGACUUGUAGAGAAAUUAGGUUCAGCAUUUGAUCGAUGCCUUUUAUUUACACUGAACAAAUUGAACAUUUCCAUUUAUAAGGAAAUUAAGAAAUGUUUUUGUGUUAAAUGUUUAUAUAAUAUUAAAAUAUCAGCGUCAGAUAGCAGCACGCUAUUGUAUAGCCGUAGAACGUUCAUUGUUACAUUUGUUGGAAAAUCAAUCUCAUCUAUGGAUACCCCGACCACGAGCCUAGACAUUCUAAUGGACUUAUUUAAAGUAUGAAUAUCCGGAUACACGCGAACACAUGCGAUGGAAAUUGGAUUAAAUCGACAUUUAACUUAUUAAAGAGGCAGUAGUGACUGGGGUAGGCACUAUGCCAUAACGAGGUCUUUAUUAAUAAACCCCAGUGUCAGUUAAAUGAAGUGAUUUUGUGAAAUACAAAGCCGCUGUAUAUUUGGAAAAUUAAAACAUACGGACAAUAAAUGAAAGUUAAAUAGAUUCUGCUUUACACAUGUGUCGUUUUACAUUAACAAUAGAUUAUGAAUGUUUAAAUAAAUCAACUGUAUAAAAAGACAUUCGAAAAUGAUAUCUUAUCGUUAUUUAGAAUAAGAAAUGAAACACCUUACUUUCGUAUCAUAAUCUACUUUAACAAUAUUUCAAUUGAUUUCCACAUCUGUAUUUUCUCACAUAAUGAAUAGUGUGUGUGCAUGCAUGCUUUGGGCUUUUAGUUAACAAAGUGUGAUUUUCCCGGGAUUAAGGAUUUUAGAAAAUGUCACGAAACUUUAAACUCAGAGAUAAAACUGGAGAGAAAUCAAUUCAAGGUUUUCUCCAAGAGAAACGAAUAGCACAACUGCAGAUGAAGCAAAUUAAGCGCUUGGAGCGCACGAGAGACGUUCGUCUGCGUUCUUUAGAGGCGGAGUCUUGUAUACUGAAAGAAAAACUUCAGUCUUAUGGAAGAGGGAUGACUAAUUUAAAUUCGUAUUAUGACAAAAAAGAACGAGAUGAGGAUAAAAACACAAUCUGGUUUCCUCUGGAAAGAUCGAAUACCGACUGGGAACCCCGGCCAUGUUGGAUCGGGGAAUCUGCCGUGAAUCAGCACAGCUGCCUACAUUUCCCGUGCAGAACUUUUACUUCUUAUCAUUUCUUUCAUAGACAACUGCCGGAAUGGAUUUUAAGUGGUGCAAAUGAGAGUGUACGUAAAAGUAAGAACAGUUGUGAUAAUUUGGCAGAGAACAAGAAAACUAAUUCAAAAUGUGUAACGAAAAAAGAUACAAUAACACUCCCUGCAAUAGAUUUUCCUGAAAACAUGACAGCAAAAGAGAGAAAGUUAAAAAUAAUUAUCUCUAAUAAAAGACUUCGAAAUGAGCUUGAAAACAAACCAGCUGACAGGUCUAUAAACUAUGGUAAACCAACACCUGUGCGGCGUCUUCAAAGACCUGUCCGUCCGUGUGUACGCCAGAUGGAUAUACUAUCUUAAUUUUUAGAACGUAACUACUAUUUGUUCCAUUAUAGCUUAAUUAGUACUCGCUACUUAUUUGAAACAGCACAAUGUUGAUAGAAAAGAAUGUUGACAGGUCAGAUGUUUAAAAGUGACACUCAGUCCAGCAUAAUAGAAUAGUAAUAGUAAAUUCAGCAUAAUAUAUAUAAAUAUGAAUAAACUUAUUUAUGUUGAAAUAUAACUGUUUUUACAAAAUAAAUGAUUAGAUAUAUUUUUGGUAAGACCUCAAUCGGAAUGGAUUAAUUUUGCUUCACAUAUAGUUCUUGAAUAAUUAAACUACAGUGUGUUCUUGUUUUG